AUGAUGCUGGGCUGGUUCCUGCUUGAAUUUCGGCCGGUCUUUCAUUUCCCCCCUCCAAUUGUUAUUGACUUUUUCUCUCUCUCUUCUUUCCAGAUUGACGACAUCAUUGAUGGGGCCGUGAAGCCUCCCCCCAACAAGUACCCUAUAUUCUUUUUCGGAACCCACGAGACGGCGUUUUUGGGCCCCAAGGACCUCUUCCCUUAUGAGAAGUACAAGGACAAAUACGGGAAGCCCAACAAACGGAAAGGCUUCAAUGAAGGAUUGUGGGAAAUCCAGAACAACCCUCACGCCAGCUACAGUGCGCCUCCGCCACCGAGCUCCUCCGACAGCGAAGUUGGGGACAUCGACCCCGUCGGAGGGGGCGGAGGAGGAAGCGACGUCCCUGGAGAGGAAGGCCCGACCCCAACCGCAGGUGCCGGUGGAGCAGGGAUGACGGUGGAGAAGGCGGAGAGCGAAGAGUCGGACAAAGGAAGCGAUCACAGCAGCGUGAAAAGGAAAUCAUUAGCCGCGAAA